GAACACUUGAUGGAACCCAACAUCUUCAAUCAAUCUCCAUUCAAUUUAUUUGCAGAGGCUAUACAUUGUCUGUGUCGAGUAUUUGUAGACCAGCCCUGAGGCACUGUUUGAGCUCGUGUCGGUAUCCUAUACGGAGCCUCGACUCGUGUCAUCAACCAACCUUUUUCAUCUACGAGUACCUUGUCCACCCCGAAAACAGCCGUUACAGGACACGUCAAGAUAUCACUGUUAUCGACGGCCGCCGUUGACACUUCAUCAUGGCUCUUGUGGCCAAAUUGAAAUCAUGGUCUGAGGGCUUGACGCCUUAUUUCAUCUACCUCCUCUUUGUCGCAACCUUGGGACCUCUUUUGUUCGGCUACCAUCUGGCCGAGCUCAACGCUCCCCAAGAAGUCAUCACAUGCACGAAAAAGUCACUCACCUCUUCACCAUCGUCGUCGUCUUCUCUCCCACAGUGCAUCCCCAUGGAUUCGACUCAACUGGGACUCGUUUCUUCAAUCUUCACUCUCGGUGGUCUCCUCGGUGCUCUGUUCUCAGGUUCCCUCGCCGCACGCUACGGCCGCCUCAUGGUCAUGCGCGUCAACACCAUCCUCCUCGCCUUGGGCCCUCUGGGCGAGACGUUCGCUCCCAACAUCCCCAUCCUCGCACUGGGUCGAUUGAUAUCCGGCCUGGGCGCGGGGGUCUCCGUCGUCGUCGUGCCCAUCUACAUUUUCGAGAUCGCCCCACCCAAGGAGAAGGGCUUCUUCGGCGCCUUCACCCAGAUCGCCACGAACAUGGGCAUCUUCACGACCCAAGUUUUGGGGUACUUUCUCAGUCACGGCCAAAUGUGGCGCGUCAUUCUCGCGGUCGCGGGCGUGAUUGGCGUCGGGCAGUUCGUCGGCUUGCUCUUCGCCGUCGACAGUCCAAAAUGGCAAGCCGACCAUGCCGACGCACAACAGGCCAAGAACAACCUGAAGCGGAUCAGAGGACACAAGGCUGACAUCGGUGAGGAAGUCGAAGGGUGGAGAGGCACAACUGGUCAGGACGAUGGAAAUGACGAGGAACAAACGCUCCUUUCCCGCGACAAUGGCAACCCCGACCUCCCUCCCUCUUCGACGCCGCCGCCCAAGACAUCACCGCACGCCACCGACGUCGGCAUCCUUGCGGUCCUGCUCGACCCGAAACACAACCGGGCCAUCCUCGCCGUGGUGGUGGUCAUGAUGGCCCAGCAACUCUGCGGCAUCAACAGCAUCAUCAUGUACGGCGUGUCCUUGCUGGCGGGCCUCCUGGCCUCCAACUCGGCCCUGCUCAACAUCUUCGUGAGCGUGCUCAACGUCGUCGCCACCACGGCCUUCGCGCCCCUGGCCGACGUCCUCGGCCGCAAGGCCUGCAUCCUCGGCAGCAUCGCGGGCAUGGGCGCGUCGAGCGUCCUGCUGGCCCUCGGCAUCCGCGGCGCCGUCCCGGUCCUCAGCGCCGUGGCGGUGCUGUUGUUCGUCGCCAGCUUCGCCUUCGGCCUCGGCCCCGUCCCCUUCAUCCUGAGCAGCGAACUCGUGGGCCCCGAGGCGGUCGGGGCCACCCAGAGCUGGGCCCUGGCCGCCAACUGGAUCUCCACCUUUGUGGUCGCCCAGUUCUUCCCCAUGGUGAACGAGAGGCUGGGCAAGGGCGUGGUGUACUUCGUCUUUGCCGGCCUGGCCGCCCUGUUCUUCGUCUUCGUCUCGUGGUACGUGCCCGAGACAAAAGGCAAGAGGGACGCCGACGAGGUUUGGGGGAGGGCCCCGAGGAGGGAAGACUAAGAGCUGCUUGCCUUUUUUUCUCUUCUUCGUUCGACUCUUGACCCCGAAGGAUGAAUCUCCUUCUUUCUUUUUCUUUGAUCGUGGCGUCGUCGAGUAGGAAAGAAGUGAAUGAGGGAGGCAGUGGCCAAUAUCAAUCAUCUGGAAAAAUUGUGGUGGACUUGUCCGAGUUUCAGCGUAACAGAAUAUGACAUCAAAAGAGCAGGUCAGGGAGUAAGAAAGGAGAGGACCAUCGUGGUGACAUAGUAUGAUGUAUGAUAGCCCGAGAUUGUUCUCUGCUAUAUACAAGACAUGGAAAGUACUGUGAGGAUGAGUGCAUGCCUGAGAAUUAAGCUGUCUCGGCUCAGCGUGCUUCUGAUAUUGAUAGGAAAUCAGACUUCAC